AUGAGAGCACCAAUUGCAACCGCAUUUCAUACUCAUGGUGGAUUCCGAAAGCAUUAAAUUACAUACAUAUUUCUGAAAAAAUGUUUCCGCACAAUUUGUUAAACACAUUUAUAUUUAUCAUGUUUCUCAAAUUUUAUGAGAACUCGAGUGCGUUAAUAGUGUCUCCAAAUUUUGAAAAUUCGAACGGAAUAUUGACCUCGCUUCCAACCUUGAACAAUGGAGAGUUAACGAUUUAUCAAUCCUGUCCACGUGGAAAUAAUGUCUCCUCCGGAAGACCAAUCCUUCUUCUCAUUUACGACAUAUUUGGGCUACAUCCGCAUGCAUUUCACUAUGCGGAUAGGGUCGCAAAUCUGACCGGAUAUUGCGUCCUCGUUCCAGACUUUUUUCGUCUAAAGCCAUUUCCGACGAAGGGAUACCCACCAAGGAAUCCUAACCUUGUAACAAAAUUUAUCCAACGGAAUGGCUCCUUCGAACACGUGGUAAAACCGGACAUCAUAUCAGUCGUGGAUCACUACGACGCGGACAAAUGGGGCGCAUUUGGAUUCUGCUGGGGAGGAAAAAUGGUCCCACUUCUUUUGGGGGAUGCAACCUUAGGACAACAUUUCCUCGCUUCGGUAUCAAUUCAUCCUGCACCAGUGAAAUUUGCGGAUGUCGCAAAGAUGUCGAAACCACAAAAAUUAAUGCUAUUGCCGUCGAAGGAUGAAGCUAAUUUGGUGCCCCUCUGCACUUAUCUGAACCGUCGGUUGGGUCGUGACACCUGCGAGACGAAGCGUUACACCGAUAUGCCCCACGGCUUUGGUGGAGCCUUGGGUAAUUGGAAAAAUCCCAGAAUUAUGAAAAAUGUUAACGAUUCGAUAGUGAGAAUUAGCAGCUUCUUUAAUGAAGUUUUUAAUUAAGGUAAACUGCAAGAUUGGAUGUCAGAGUUUUUUUACAUUUACAUAUGUACAUAUGUAUUAGUAUGCUUGUAAGUUAAUUUAACUACAUAUACCAAUCAAUAAAUUAAAAAUGGAUUGUUCCUUCGAGUUUUGAAAAA